ACAACCGGAAACCCUAUGCAAUCAUUGGCGGCAGGUGCAGCUCAUCGGCAACAACAACAACAACAACGGGAUCAUUUACCGGGCUUUCACCACCGCAGCGAUGCACCGGCUGUUGUUCGUGUUCAUCGCCGCAGCCGGCGCAUCCGUCCUCGGCCUCCCGGGGAAGGAGGCCUCCCCGUCGGCGGCCGCGCCCUGCGUCGCCCCGCUGCAGUGGGAGGGCAGAUGGGUGAUGUACGACCACAGCACCGGGAGGAACGUCCGGGCCUCGGUCUCCUACGACGGGCUGAAGCAGAGGCUGCGAGUCCUGCAGCGGAACCAGAAGCACGCACCCUGCCAGAGGUUUUUUGAGUACAUCUACUUGUACCAGAGCAUGGUGAUGUUCCAGAUUGACCAGAAGACCAAGGACUGCUCUAAGAUCUCCCUGACGGAGGCCUGGGAUCCCUUCGACAUCCCGGACAACUCCACCUUCGAGGACCAGUACUUCAUCGGAGGCCCCGGGGACAACGUGGAGGUGCAGGAGUGGUCCGACAGGAAGCCGGCACGCCGACAUGAAGCCUGGGUGGGCAUUUACACCCUCAAGGACUGCUACCCGGUGCAGGAGACCUACGCCAAGAACAGCAGCGUCAUCACCUCCACCCGCUUCUUCAACAUCCAGCUGGGCAUCAGCGACCCCGACGUCUUUACCCCGCCCUCUACCUGCCAGUCAGCCCGGCCCGAGAGGAUGGCCGAGUCCGACUGCUGAAGCCUCGCAGGCCUCCUACUUUCAACCUCCGGCGCUGCCCGGAGGCCGGAGGCCCCCUCGCUCGCUCGUCCGCCACCUCCUGGGAAACCGACUCUCAACAAGCUCCCUCGCAGUGCGAAGGGACCUUUCAGAUUUCACUCUGUAGUAAAAAGGAAAUGUGAAAUACGACAAGCUUCGUAGAAUUGUUGGUUCAUUUGCUGCUGUUUCUAGCUGCAACUUAACAAACUAGUUUAAUGGGAUCCAUGUUAAACAAUUAGCACCAUGCUAAACAUGUCACUUUUAACCAAUUGUGAUCAAUUUAUUUGAUUUAAUACUUCAGCUAAGAAGUAAAGUUUCAGUGCAGCAUUGUGCUAACAAGCGUUGUUUGAUUACUCCUCAAACCCAUGAAGUGCGUCACAAAAAUGACUGAACAAAGUAAACAAAUUGUGGUUUCUUUUAGAUUUUUAUUGAGAUUUAAAGGAUGUUUUUCGUGACACGCGCGUGUGCAGCAGUGUUGUUGACCCGAGGGCACAAUGUCAUGAUGGCUUAAAUGAUUUUCUUUUUAUAUUUGAACAAUAAACUAACUGACUGAA